UUUUAUCUUUAUCAGAACUGAUGGUUUGCGUCAGAUCAGAUUAACCAUCUGCUUGUCAUCAUCAAGCUGCAGGGCAAUGCUGAUGUCAUGGAUUUUCUGUAGACACUAACACUGUUCAUAUACAAACUGUUCUACAGCUCUGUGUGUGUCAUGGAAAGGAAUUUCCAAGCUCAUGUGAGGAACCUUUAAAGAGCUCACAGUCAAAGGUUUCCCCAAUUGCCACCUACACAGUCCACGCAUCGAUUCGAGGAAAAAGGGGAAGUGCUCACGGCUUCAGGCUCCUCCUUCAUCAUAUGUGCCUAUAUCUGUGUAUGUCUUCAUCAAUCUCUCUCUCUCUCUCUCCCCCUCUCUUUCUCUCUCUCUCCCUCUCCCAAGAGCGCUUGACCAUCACAGUCAUCCUUUCAGUCUAAUCCUCACCUUCACCAUGAUGAUGUUCAAAAGCCAGUGUGUUGUAGGCUUCAGUGUGUGGAUCAUCUUGUCCUGUGGACUUGCUCCUGCCUGCGCAGUGCCUGUGAGAGCUGGUUGUGAGGCGAUUGGUGAAGAGCUUGAGGACUUCCAUGCUCAGGGAGAAGCGAUGGCCAUCACAUUCCCCAUUCUGGAAGCUAACAUUUGGUACAGGAAUCUUCCUGUAGACAACAGCACCACGUUCCAGUUGUUCCACAGCAAGCGUCAUGACUUCAGUGGUCAGGGUAACAGGGUCAUACAGCAGGGUCGCACCCUCUGGCUCCUCCCUUCUCUGCCGUCAGACUCGGGAACGUACACCUACGUGUUCAGCAGUGACACGUUCUGCCUGACAGGAAGCUUCACUGUGACAAUCUAUGAGAAAGGAAAAGAAGACAUGGAGAUGAUGUCACAUCCUGUUUCUUCAAAGCCAGACAAGAACCUGACCAUCGAGUGUCCGCACAUUAACCAUUUCAACAGGCUGGAAAGUCCACGCUGGUUCAAGGGUUUUUACGCCGGUGUUCCAUUAAUAAACGGGACGCGUUACGAAUUGUUAUCAGGAGACACAACGAGUCUCACCAUCAAAAACAUUUCUGUAGAAGAUGAGGGCCUGUACACCUGCUGGCUGACGGUGACGAUGAACAAUGUACAAUACAACGUUAGCAGGACCUGGAAACUACAAGUGUUGUCUCCAGUCACCAGCAUCCCGGAGACCCACACAGAAUCCACCACAAAAUCACAAGAAGUUACUCUGACAUCUCCCAUCCUACCACCUCCACAGAUAACCGCUCCUGUAAACGGCUCUGUGAUCGAAAGUCCUCUCGGCUCCAGUUUAGUGAUCGAAUGUAAGGCGUUUGUGGGAGACAAAUCAUCCGACUUCACCAGGCUGACCUGGCUAAUGGACGGCCAACCGGUGGACGGCUCUCUUCCGCGUGGUCGAGUGUUUCAGGAAGCCAGGAGGGUGUCCUCUGGCCAUGUGGAGGCGCUGCUGGUCUUCCUAGAAGUGCAUGAAGAGGACACGAGGGCAGAGCUGAAAUGUCUCGCUCAAAACCUGUCAGGAAAACAGGAAGUUGUCAUCCACAUUAAACUGGAAGACUCCAUGAUGGCGUGGUUAGUGGUGGCUCUUGUAGCGUCCAGCUUCUUCAUGCUGGUGGUGGGUGUGUUCCUGCGACUGCUGUUCCGCCAACAACGCAAACACAACUACAUCCUGGCUCGACAGGACAGCACCUUUUAAAUGCCUUCUGUCUUUCCAUCAAACAAUUCACCUUCCAUUUGUUUCUUUUAUAAUAAGUCAGUGAAUGUGAGAGUAUAAUUAAUAUCUGUGUAUAUGACACCAUUUGUAUAGUCUUCAAUAAAAAUCAAAGGAAAAACACAGCUAAGCUCAUGUAUUCUCAGCCU